CUCAUCGUCUUCUUUACAGUGUGGGUUUUUGGUGGGGGCACCACGGCCAUGCUGUCCUGCCUGAACAUCCGAGUCGGUGUGGAUGCAGAUCAGGAGAAUGUGGGUGUCCCGGAGAGCGAGAGGAGGAGUACGAAGGCAGAAAGUGCCUGGCUUUUCCGUAUGUGGUACAACUUCGAUCACAACUAUCUAAAGCCUUUGCUGACGCAUAGCGGUCCUCCUCUGACGACCACGCUCCCAGGGUGCUGUGGGCCUAUUGCCCGGUGCCUGACAAGUCCGCAGGCAUACGAGAACCAAGAGCAGCUGAAGGACGAUGACUCUGACCUCAUUUUGAACGAUGGGGACAUCAGUCUGACCUACGGGGAUUCCACUGUCAACACCGACUCUGUCACAUCCAGUGGCACAUCGCGACGGUUCGUGGGAAACAGCUCUGAAGACGCGCUCGAUCGGGAGCUUGCUUUUGGGGACCAUGAACUCGUAAUCCGAGGAACGCGCCUGGUCCUUCCCAUGGACGAUUCGGAGCCACCGUCAAACAUCCUGGAUAAUGCAAGACAUGGUCCAGCAUAAGGUUGCUUGGUUUAAUUGACAGUAAUGUUUGCAUAUAUGAUCAAGAAAUAUGUACUACCCAAAGUCUAAUGCAUGUCUCAAAAUGUCUAAGCUGUAUAAAUAUUAUUUAUAUGGUGUCAGAAGAAUAUAAAUAUUCUCUGCCAAGCACUUGUAAAGAACAAGCUGCAAAUUUAAGUUAAAAACU